CAGGUCGAGGAUCCUAUAGAAAGGCUCCUCUGUUUUAGUGGAGGGAGCGUUUGGCAAUGGCCACUGUCUUGGGUAAUGAUAUUUUCAGAUAGCAGCAGAGCUUCCACCAUGCUAAUCCAAUCACAUCCACUUCCAUUCUUCUCAAAUUCCAACGCAGAUACAUCAAGGGUUCAGUCCCUAUUACAAUGUAGCACUUCAGAUGCAUGUGGUUAUGGAAAGGAGAAAAGUUUGGCCUCAGCAUGGAAAGUGUACAUAAGAAUACCAAGAAAAUCAAACUUCAAUGUCAGACGUGUGAAUGUGCGGAAUGCUCCAGUUAUCAAGGCUAUUGCUACGUUUGAACCAAAGCUUUUGGUUCAGAGAGGAGAUGGACUUGGGAAGGAUUAUGACUUACAAUCAGGGCCGGAUUCGAUCCAGCGAACGCUUCGAUCUCUGAGGGAUGACACCAAUGAAAUGGAUGAGAAGGAAAGGUUGAGGCGAGUGAGGAUCUCAAAAGCAAAUAGGGGGAAUGUUCCUUGGAACAAAGGCAAGAAACAUAGUGCAGAAACCCUUAGACGGAUACGAGAGAGGACCAAACUAGCAAUGCAGGAUCCCAAGGUCAAGAUGAAGCUAGUGAACUUGGGACAUGCUCAGAGUGAGGAGACAAGGAAAAAAAUCGGUGCGGGAGUGCGGAUUGGGUGGGAGCGUCGCCGAAAAUGGCUGAUGGUUCAAGAAACGUGCCAUUUUGAAUGGCAGAACAUGAUCGCAGAAGCCUCUAGGAAGGGCUACACUGGAGAAGAUGAGCUACAGUGGGAUUCAUACAGGAUCUUGGACAAACAAUUGAAAAAGGAAUGGUUGGAGAGUAUCGAGAAGAGAAAAACAGCGCCGAGGCCGAAAGGCAGCAAGAGGGCACCGAAAUCCCCUGAACAACGGAAGAAGAUCUCAGAGGCCAUUUCCGCCAAGUGGGCAGAUCCUGGAUAUCGUGACCGGGUUUACAAGGCACUUUCUGAGUAUCAUGGUACGCCCGUCGGUGUUAAAAGAAAAACACAAAGAAAGCCAACUGGAGAAACACCAUCUUUGAAACAGAGCUCAACAAGCAAUAGAGCUACAGUACAGCGUAUCAGUGCUUCGACUGAGGGUAGGAGUCUUGGGAAAGCGGUACCCAGGCAAAAGAAAGAUACAAUACCAUCAUAUGAGGAUCCUCUAGCAGAUUCCAAACUGGAGAUGAUAAAGAAAAUCCGGGAGGAAAGGGCAGCCAUGGAAAUGAAGAAAAGCGAAGCCAUGGAAAGGGCAAAGCUAUUGAUUGCCGAAGCUGAGAAGGCCGCAAAAGCCCUCGAGGGGUCUGCAUUGAAGAGCCCACUUGCCCGAGCUUCACUUUUGGAAACUAGGAAGCUCAUCGCUGAAGCAACUCGGUCGAUCCAAAGCAUAGAGACAGGGCAGCUUGCAUCGUGCAAUGGCAGAGAGAGUGCUGCUUCCGAUCUGGGCGGGUCUAUAAACCAGUUCCAUGAGGACCCAGAUGAUACAAUUGGCAGUACAACAUCCUAUAAAGAAGUAAAUGGGGCCAAUAUACUUUCUUCGGGUAACCAUGACGACUUCGAUAUUGAUAAAUCUGCACUGGAGAAGGUACUGAAUGGGAUGGGCCCUACGCCUGCAACUCAAAGUAAGGAAAGAAUCCCCACUGGAAUGUUUGAUGACGUCUUGCCUUCGAUGCCAUCCGACCGUCCGCUGAAACAACCGGGUCCAUCAGAUUCACGAAUCUUGCCAGACAAAGUGAACGGAGCUUCCAAUGGGGAGAAAAACAGAGUUACGACUCCGAGGAAAUUCAGUACCUCUUCAUCUGCAGUUAGGACUAAAAAGAAAUGGGUUUGCGGUAGGCUAGUUGAAGUAGCAGACGACUAAUGACUAUCUCCGAACCACCAUCCAUUAUCUUUAAUGCGGUUGCAGCAUGGAUCUUCCAUUUGGCACCGGAGAUUUUAAUGUAAGCUCUACUGUAUCUUUGUAUUUAUUUCUAAGGUAUGUGGCGUUUCGUUGCACCAAAUAUCAUGAAAUUUCAUAGAUCUUCCUGAGCCCACGUGUGUGCAAUAAAGGUCAUGUAGACGCCACACAUGUGCCAGCAUGCUAUAAUAGGUCCACGAUCCAAUCCAUCCAUCAGAAUAUCACUAUCAAUACUUUAACCUAAGAAUGAGAAUGAUCCACUGGUCAGAUGGGCCACUGUUUUCAAAACAAAUGUGCUGCUCUAACCCAUCCACACCUGUUUCCGAUAUUGGGGCCCGCAUGCUGAUCAGGCCAACAUCAUGGAUGGAUUAGAUCGGCAUGAAUUUUCCAUGCUGGCACAUGUUUGGUGUGUACAUGACAUUUGUCGCACGUAUGAGCGCGCUUAGCAAAGCUCAAUUUCAUGAUAUUUCAGGAUUAAUCAGCUUAAGUUGGUGGAAAAUAUCAUGAAAUUUCAUGUUAUUUGGUGCAUCCAAACGCCGCCUUAGGUAGAUUUUGGUGAAUAUAAGAGUAAUCCAGUUGUAGUAGCUUGUUUUGUUCUGUAUAUGUUGUGAGAUUAGUGCUAAACUUGCAAUCAACGUUAUCCGUCUAUCUAUGACAUGCUGUGGAAUUUGUGACCA